UAAAAUCCAGAUGUUGUUUCGGGAUGUUCGUUGUGCUUAUCCUUCCUGGAUAUUGCACUACUCAAAAUAAUAUGGCUAAGUAAGGCAACAAAUCAAUGCUCCUGGAUAUGCUCUAAUGUUCAUUAGUGUUUUAACACUUCUGUAGUUCAAUCUCAAAUCUCAAAUUAACCCAAAAAAUAAAAAAUCUCAAAUUUGAACAACAACAAAUCAAUUGCAAUCUUCCUAGUCACGAGCAUCUCAUGUCAAAUUCCGAUCCUCCGCAAUCAAACGGUGGGGCUCCAACAUCUCUCCUCCUUGAUGAACUCAUCGUGGAUAUCCUGUCACGACUUCCUGUCAAAACUCUUAUGCAAUUCAAAUGUGUUUGCAAAUCAUGGAAAACCCUAAUUUCUCAUGAUCCUUCCUUCGCCAAACUCCAUCUUCAGCGUUCGCCGCGGAACACACACCUCACACUGGUUUCAGACCGGUCAUCUGACGACGAGUCCAAUUUCAGUGUCGUACCCUUUCCGGUAAGUCAUUUGAUUGAGGCUCCGUUAACAAUCACACCCUUCGAACCUUACCACCUAUUGAGGAAUGUCGCCAUUCCUGAUGAUCCUUACUACGUAUUGGGUAAUAUGGAUUGUUGUAUCAUCAUUGGUUCCUGUAAUGGAUUGUACUGUUUACGCUGUUAUUCUUUAAUAUACGAGGAGGAAGAACAUGAUUGGUUUCGUUUUUGGAACCCAGCCACAAACACAUUAUCUGAAGAAUUAGGGUGUUUAAACGAGUUUUUCAGGUUAACAUUUGGAUAUGAUAUUUCAAAUGACACUUAUAAGGUGGUGGCUUUUUCUGCAGACGAGGUCAAACUUUUUAGUUUGAGUGAUAAUAUUUGGAGAGAUAUUCCGAAUUUUCCCAUUGUUCCUUUUGAUAUUGAUGCUAGUCGUUGUCAUCCAUAUGUGAAUAAUGGUGUUUAUGUGAGUGGCACUAUUAACUGGUUGACUAUUCAAAAUAAGACCGAAUAUGAGUGGAAUGAUAUUUCAAUUGAUCAAUUUCUCAUCCUCUCACUUGAUCUGACUACCGAGACGUACCAACAUUUGCGGCCACCUCAGGGAUUUGUUGAUGUACCACCUGUUGAUCCAGCUGUUACUGUAUUGAUGGAUUGUCUAUGUUUUUCUCACCGUUCCAAGGAGACCCAUUUUGUUUUAUGGUUGAUGAUGGAGUACGGAGUUCAAGACUCUUGGACUCAAUUCCUCAAAAUUAGUUUUCAGGACCUUCAAAUUGAUUAUGGCAUUAGUGAUUCACUGGACUAUGGUUCUCAAUUGUAUUUGUAUCCAUUUUACCUUUCUGAGAGUGACAACACACUUAUAAUGGCAAGCAAUCAACAAGGCUACGAUGGUUAUGACAACCAUGCAAUUAUCUAUAACUGGAGAGAUAAAACGGUAGAGCAAAUUACAUCUGUUGACAAUGAAAUAUUGUGGUUUCAUACCAAGGAUUAUGUUGAAAGCUUAGUUUCAAUCUUUUGAGAUUCUCAAUGUAGUCAGGAACGAGUUCCAGCGUAGGAUCGGUCGGCCGGUGAAAGAACGUAAACACGAGGAACGUAACACGGUUCGUAAGUAGGAUCGAUAGGUUGUCGAUAGAAUUGAGAGAAAUAUAUAGGGAAAAUAGAGGGAAAACAGGGGAGCCAAGCAUAAAAACAGAGAUAUUAGAGGAAAAACAGAGGAACCAAGCAAUAAAACAGAGAAAAACAGAGGAAAAAACGGCAAAAAACAGAGGAAACAAAGCAAAACAGAGAAAACACAGUUCGUAAGUAGGAUCGAAGCACGGUCGAGGUGCUGUGGCACGUAAGAUCGUGUGAUCCUACGUGCUGGGACUCGUUCCUGACUACCUUGGGUUCUAGUAUAUCCAAACUAAUUUUGAACACGAUGAUUUUUUUAUUUUUGUACUUGAUAAUGAUAUUGUAGUCAAAUCUACCUUUUUAUAUCAUAACUGUCUUGUCACC